ACAUGCCUCGACGAACGAGUUAUUGGAUAUUGUCAACGAUCUGCACAUUUGGCUAAUCAAGCUAUGCAAAAGCAUAAUUUGGAACAGUACGAGGUGUCAAUUGAGGACAACGCUGGCGAAGCACUGAUUGCUUUUAGAAUACAAUUUCGACGAACCCCCAACUUCUAUAAUAGAACCAUAAAAAAUCUGGUUGAGCCGGAGCUAUGCCGCCUUCGACAGAAUCUUGCCGAUGCGCUAUUGAAACUUCAAACGUUGAAAAUAUCCGAUGAAUUGCAGGAUAGGCUCGAAAAUACACCCACACGCUUGCGUAUCCGCCUACAGCUUUGUAAUAAACAACCCAAACGACUAUUCAAGAGUACAUGUGAACCUACGUUGCCAGGAUUUUUAAUACCGUGGGUGGAUCCUGUGAGAAAUGAGUACAAUCAGCUCGUUUUCACUGCUUUCGUACCUCCUGAUACUGACGACAACAACCAAUAA